GUAAAUGUGGUUACUGUGUAUCGCUAUCACAGUUUAUAUAUACUUUUUUGAUUAAUGAGAAUGCGCGAUAAAGUGGAAAAGAACCGAAUUGAUUAUUCGUCAAAUUCUUCCACAUUUUUCUCUGGUAUAUAGGAAAUUCGAUGUGAUUUUAACUUCUAUGGUGUAAAGUUACUAUAUUCAGUGUAUAAUUAUAAACACAGUAUUUGCCGCUUACUACGAUCAGCUGGUCAAACCUAACUGCAACUGAUAUAUAUUUCUCGCAUUUGAAUCGCGUUGGCAACACGACAAGGUUAGUGUGACGUUUGCUAUAUUCAAUUCCGGUUCUCAUUAACUGCUGCGUCGUAAAUUUAUAGAUGUCUAUUUAUUAGACUUACUUUCCUGUGGUAUUGCUUGCUGUAGUCAAAUUGGAUAUUUACAUACAUCUACGGAUAUACAAAAUGAAUGAUUCCUUCUUAGAGGAGUUAGAAUUAAUACCAAAAGAAUCGAAGCAGAUAUCACUGCAACAAGUGGAUCGCCAUGUAACUACUAGGCAUGCUACUUCAUCUCCUUUACCAUCUUUUUUGGAACAAGAUGAGAAAGAUAAUGUUAUACGUUCGCAAAAGGAAUAUUAUAUGAUAACAGUUCCAAGUACGUCUGAUAUAAAAAUCAUAGAUAAUAAGGAGCCUUCCUUGAAAAAUUCCAAAAAACAAUCUGAUCAAAAUGUGAAAAAACAUUCUGUUAAAACAUUCGAAAAAACUGAAAAGAUCACAGAGAAAAGGAAAUUUAUAGAUAUGAAAGUAAAAAUGAGUGAUAAUCAGCAGAGUGUCAGCAGAGAACAUAAACUAAAACUUCAAGAGAUAAAGUAUCCUAAGACAUCUGAAAAUAAGAUAACUAUAAACAAAGAUUGUAAACGACGUUCAGGAUCACAUAAAGAAAUAACUCAUUCGACAAAUACUCCCAUUAAAGAAAAUAAACGUUCCCUAGAUUCUUCUAAUAAUAAUUUCUCGGAUACUUCCAGUAAGGAGAAUAGCCGUCCUUCUUCAGAUUCUUCCAAAGAAGCGGGUUCUCAUAAUUCUAAAGAGAAGGAAAAAUUAAUCGAUAAAUCAAGGAAAUCAGGUUUUAAAAUACAAGAUCAGGAUCCAGUCGUUUUACUUACCGCUAUCAAAGAAUUAAUAAGCACAUAUACCAAGCAAGAGAGCACAAAAAUUCUACGAGCUAUGCAGGACCUACAUAUAAACUCCCAAGCUACUUUAAUAAAAAAUAUUUUAAACCAAACAGAUGAUUUAAUCAAAGAAAUGCAUCCUAGCAAAGAUUCUGCUAGAGUGAGAGCGUUGAUUGACGAGAAUGAACAAUUACACCAGGAGUUGAUGACUCUGCGAAUGCGAAAUGAGAAUUUACAAAAUAAAUUAGAAGAGCUUGAAUUUUUGAAGCAAGAAAAUGCAGCCUUAAAAUUGAAAUGUAACGAGCAAAUGCGAACAUAAUAUUAAGUAAUUACAUAAAAUAUUGGAUCGAAAAAUAUUUUUUUGUUUUUUUGCACUGAGUGCUAAUUAGGACAUUCACGAGACAUUUUAAUUAUUUGACAUAUUUUGAAAAACGUAUUAUAUAAUUAUAAGAAUAGAAAAGACUAUUCCUUGCGCAAAAAUUAUCAAAAGAGAUUACACUUAGUAGGCUAUUAACAUUUGCAUUUAUUUUUACCUAGUGCAGCAUAAUGAUAAUGUAAUGACAGCAUAAAGACUAUAGAUAUAUAUAUUUAAAUAUUAAUACAUACAGUAAAUUAAGUAUUCUUAUUAAGUAUUCAUUAAAAUUUAUUAUCAAUGAC